UGCGACUUCAUCAUUCAAUCUCUCAACAACAAUACUCAACCUCCCCUCCACCCCCCCCCAACAGCGCCACUCUUGUCGUGACACUUUCGGCUUACUCCUUUUCAUCGCGUUUUCUCGCCUCCCCUGAUUUGCUGCCGAUCGAUCGACCUGUCAUUCUCUUGGCAAAUCCCCAGCCGAUUGCGGAGACUGCAUCCCCUUGUUUUCGCUCUCUCACACACCUCACCCUUUCCCGCGCAUAACCCCUUUCGGUCCGAUCCCUCUAUAGAUAGCCCUCUGCCUUUUCUGGAGGGCUUCACGUGUGUUCGAAACGGCUCAGGAUCUAGUGGAGGAUGAAAGGGCUCCGCGACCGAUGGGUGUAAUUCGAAAGAAGACCGCCUCGCGCGGCACAGAGGCAGGGACGAAAUACCAUUGCGAUAUCUGCUCGGUGGAUGUGACUUCGACGGUAAGUGAACUGAACUUCCUUUCUUUUCUACCGGAUGCCGCGUCGCUUCGCGGAUGGCUGCGUCCGGAACGUCUCGAAGUCAGACAUGUCUGACCGUCUGUCCCAUCAGGUGCGCGUUUCCUGUGCCGACCCCGCCUGCCAUGAAUACGACCUUUGCGUUCCCUGUUUCUCUGCCGGAGAGAAGUCGAAGAAUCAUGACCCGUCGACACAUCGGUACCAGGUGAUCGAACAGAACUCGGUGCCCAUCUUUGACGAGGAUUGGGGUGCUGAUGAGGAGCUGUUGCUCUUGGAAGGCGCCGAUAUCUACGGGCUAGGGUCCUGGGCGGAUAUCGCGGACCACAUCGGCGGAUAUCGGACGAAGGAGGAGGUCCGGGAUCACUAUCUCGGCACCUACGUGGACAGCCCCAAUUUCCCGCUCCCCGUACGCGCCGACCCGGAGGAUACACGACUGUCCGACUCGAUCCCCAAGGAGGAGUUCCAAGCGCGGAAGAAGCGCCGCAUUGAGGAGCGCAAGGACGCGGCCAAGGCGGCGCCUCCCACCACGCCGAAGCAGAAACCGACGGCCAGUGUACCGGCCUGCCACGAAGUGCAAGGUUACAUGCCGGGACGAUUGGAAUUCGAAACGGAGUUCUUGAACGACGCCGAAGAGGCGGUGCAACACAUGGCGUUUGAGCCGGGGGCGGGAGAAACGGCCAACGGGGAACUCGAUGCCGAGAUGGAGCUGAAGAUGACGGUGGUGGAUAUCUACAACUCCCGACUGACCGCGCGCACGGAGCGCAAGAAGAUUCUCUUUGAACAUACCCUCCUCGAGUACCGAAAGAACACGGCGUUGGAGAAGAAACGCACGAAAGAAGAGCGGGAUCUUCUGAACAAGGGGAAACCGUUUGCGCGGAUGAUGAACCACGAUGAUUUUGAGGAAUUCAACAAGGGUCUAGAAUACGAACAUAACCUACGACUGGCCAUCGCGCAGCUACAGGAAUGGCGACAGAUGGGUAUCGGCGACCUCAAGGGCGGAGAGAAGUACGAACAAGAAAAGCAGUCCCGCCAGCAGAAAAUGGCGCCUCAGGGAUCGUUCGAUCGGUUUGCCAGCAACCGCCCGAAACAGUCACAAAUCACCGAGCAGCCCUCGGCCGCUAGCCAGCUGACCACGCCCGAACUCCCGCUGCGCCUACAAAAGGCCUCCGGCGCACCCAAGCCGCCCGAGCCGGUCAACCAACCGCUCAAUGACUUUGAUCGGGCCUUUGCUAGCGGGGGAGAGCUCCCAACGAUGCAGCCCGCCAAGACCAAGUUUGUCGUGCAGCCGCUGAACGGAAUAAUCCCCUGGAAGCUGGAGAAUGACGGCGCGCCCGAUCUCCACUUGCUGACCAAGGAAGAGGUCGAGGUGUGCAACGUGCUUCACAUCCAGCCGAAGCCGUACCUUGUGAUCAAGGAGACUCUAUUAAAGGAGUCCAUGAAACAGGGGGGCAGCUUAAAGAAGAAAGACGCGCGAACUAUUUGCAAGAUUGACGGAACGAAAACGAGUCGAAUUUACGAUUUUAUGGUGCACAGUGGCUGGAUCAACAAGGCGUAGAAGCGAGAUGAACUGAACAGGACGAACCUUUAUAUUCACGGAUCGAAAUCCAUAUCAAACUUUCAAGAAGGAAGGAGUUGGGGCGUUGAGCGGGCAUGGGGUGGUUAUGAGGAUAGAUACAUAGCCACUUUGCACCAGCGAGGUUAUUUGAUUCAAUUGAUUCCAUCUUUAUUAUCUGUCACCCUUUGAAUGUCACUGUAUAUUUCACCCAGUAUCUGCUCAGUGUCUCAUGCCAUGUAGUUCCAUGAAAGUAGUCCAUGACAUGCACCUAAGCGUUAGAACCAGGCCCGGCCAAAUCCCCACAUAACUAAUCCCAAGUUCUCCGCACUCGGGCCUCGGCAUGUCCAACCUACACUUCUUAUAACCAUCUCUCCUC